UUGGGAUAGUGAGGGGUAAAAAACGACGCAAUCUUUGUUUACCCCAAACAUAAUUCCCAACGAAACCUCGUAAAAUUCAAACCAAAAAUCCAAAAUCUAUGCGGGCUCGUCCUCUCCCCUCUUCCCCUGUGUCCCUCUUUUUGACCCACAAAUUCUCUCCCUUUUAGCUCCCUCUCAUCGUUUGUACGUACAUAUAUAUUUAUGUAUAUAUGUGUAUGUAUUGUUAUGUAUUGAUUUGACGAUGAUGAAGAAGAACAAGGAUGGAGAGUUAUGGGGAUUCGAGAACGGAGAUGUUGGUGGGUCUAAUUCUGACGUGAUCUUGGGUUUGGAUGGUGGCACCACCUCCACCGUCUGCGUCUGUAUGCCACUCCUUCCAUUUUCCGACCACCACCACCUCCCCGAUUCCCUCCCAAUUCUUGCUCGUGCCAUCGCCGGUUGCUCCAACCACAACAGCGUCGGAGAAACUGCGGCCAGGGAUACAGUGGAACAAGUAAUGGCAGAAGCCCUUCUAAAAUCAGGUUCAAAGCGAUCUGCUGUCCAGGCUGUUUGUUUAGGUGUAUCUGGUGUUAACCAUCCAAAGGAUCAGGAAAGGAUAUUAAAUUGGCUAAGGGACAUAUUCCCAAGCCAUGUCAAGCUAUAUGUUCAGAAUGAUGCUGUAGCAGCUCUGGCAAGUGGGACCAUGGGAAAGCUUCAUGGUUGCGUUUUGAUUGCUGGUACAGGGAGCAUUUCUUAUGGAUUCACUGAGGAAGGAAAAGAAGCCCGUGCUGCUGGUGCAGGACCUGUCUUAGGUGAUUGGGGCAGUGGCUAUGGAAUUGCUGCACAGGCAUUGACAGCAGUAAUUAGGGCUCAUGAUGGCCGUGGUCCAGAAACAAUGCUUACAAACAGUAUUCUACACACACUUGAGCUUUCUUCUCCAGAUGAAUUAAUUGGGUGGACCUAUGCAGAUUCAUCCUGGGCGCGAAUCGCAGCACUUGUUCCAAUAGUGGUUUCUUGUGCUGAAGCUGGGGAUCAAAUUGCAAAUAACAUCUUAAAUGAUGCAGUCCAAGAAUUGGCUCUAAGUGUGAAAGCCGUUGUUCAGAGACUUUGCUUGGGUGGGAAAGAUGGGAAUGGUUCUUUUCCAAUUGUGAUGGUCGGUGGUGUUCUCGAAGCUAACAGCAAAUGGGACAUAGGGAAAGAAGUAGCCGACUGCGUCCAGAAGAUCUACCCUGGGGCCUGUCCAAUUAGACCGAAGGUGGAGCCUGCAGUUGGGGCAGCUUUACUGGCUUGGAAUUAUUUGACCAAAGAAACAGAAGGGAACUGUCAUAGAUGACCAUGCGGAGCGAAAAUGUUCGACUAAAUCUAUUAUCCUGUCAUUUUGUCCGAAAAUCUCAGAAUUCAUUGUUAUGGUCUUACUCCUAUUUUGACAGGCUUACAGUUGUGAUGAAGCCAGAACACCAAUCUAUUGGUCACAAUUAAAUCCCCUUCAUACCCCAUGUUUAAAAGAUGUAGACGGAAGCAUCAAAUAAUUAUCAUGAAAGUACAUCAGAAUGCCUCUAUUUAUCAGAUUUUUUUUUUUUUUUUUU